GGACCCGGCCAGAGUUCUCAGGGGGCGGGGCCGACGAGACCUGAACCUUGAUCCGGGCACCAAAGACUGCGACCUUCCUCCCCAUGGUGCGGCACGUGUUCCUCACCGGGCCCCCAGGGGUUGGAAAAACCACCUUGAUCCAGAAAGCCAGUGAGCGUCUGCAGUCCUAUGGGGUGUCUGUGGAUGGAUUUUAUACAGAAGAAGUCAGGCAGGGAGGGAGGAGGACAGGAUUUGAUGUGGUCACUUUGUCUGGCGCUCGGGGCCCACUGUCCAGAAUCGGGUCAGACUCCCAGCCUGGGGGUCCUGACUGCCGAGUCGGGAAGUAUGUGGUUGAUGUGACUGCUUUUGAGCAUUUGGCACUUCCUGUCCUCACGAAUGCAUGUUCCAGCAGUGACCCAAGGCAGAGAGUAUGUAUCAUCGAUGAGAUCGGGAAGAUGGAGCUCUUCAGCCAGCCGUUCAUCCAGGCUGUUCGCCAGACACUGUCCUCGCCAGGGACUGUGGUCCUCGGAACAAUCCCACUCCCCAAAGGGAAACCACUGACCCUCGUGGAGGAGAUCAGGAACAGGCACGACGUGAAAGUGUUCAGUGUCACCAAGGAAAACAGAAACCACCUUCUGCCAGAUAUUGUGAGGUGUGUGCAGAGGAGCAGGAUGUGAGCUGGGCUGAGUCCUUGCUUUGCUGCCCCCAAGGACACCUGGGUCAAGUACAGCUUCUGAUGCCUCCCUCCCUUCAGUCUGCUGAGGGAGGUUUGGUGCCUCCAGGUUUAUGGACCUUGUGGGUUUUGCCCAAGAAAGCUUGACAACUUCUUUCCAUAAAACAUUUGAUUUGAAAGAUCAAGUUAGCCUUGAUGCUAGUUGGCCGUCCAUGAUUAACAACCCAGCACGGCUAGUUUGUGCUUAGAGCUUUGUGUUUAUUUACUCUUUGAGCCGGGCACGUGAUUUGGUUACAGGAUGAGCAAUGGGUUGGGACUGUCAGAUGGAAUGAGCCCCCACUGAUGUGUAUAAAUGUGUCUGGAAGGGGAGAGCAACGUUCACUCUAACCAGCUUUGUGUGUCAUAAAGACUAAAUGCUCUCCAGGUGCAGCUUUGGUCUUGGGCUGCUCAAAGUCAUUAACCUUUUGAUUUUUAAAAAGUUAUUAUUUUUAAAGCAAA